AUGAAGCUUUCACUCCUGUCGAUCUUGGCCGACUUUGCCCUCGUUCGAUGCCUAGCCGCUGCGGAUUCCAAGCAGGUUGCACACCUCCCAUCGACAAGUGGAACAAAGUUCACCAUUGAUGGUCAUUCCAAGUACUCUGCCAGCAUCAACUCAUACUGGAUAUCUUUCCUGACAAACAAUGGUGAUAUUGACCUCGUCAUGAACAAUGUCGCGAUUCCGAAUUCAAGAUCUUCCGCGUGUGGGGCUUCAACGACGUCAACACCAUUCCCAGCAGAAACCAGGUCUGGUACCAGUACCUUUCUUCUUUCGGGCCUUAGAUCAAUACGCCUGCCAAUGGGCUCUAGUGCCUUGAUGCACUACGGAAAAGAAAGGCAUGAGGUUGGUCAUCCCACGGACUUUGUUAAGAAUCUCGGCAUCAAGACACUUGACUUCGGUACUUUCCACAUGUAA